AUGGCCCCCCUGGCUCAGAUCCUGGCACUGCUGGCAAUGGCCAUGGCCACCACGGCUCUUGAUGUGUUCCGCCUGGACAUGGCCCCGGACUCCUUCGAUGACCAAUACCGGGACUGUGGCCCUGCAAUGAAGGCGGCAUUGCCGGCCCUCAACAGCUCUGAGUUUGAGCAGAACAAGGAGUUUGCUGAGGUUUGGGUAAAGGCUGCAGCCGAGUGGCAGAGACGGGGGCCCCCUGAGUCCCCUCUGUCUCCAGAGCAGGCCACCGCCAUCAUGGCCUUCACAAUGACUGACCCCAGAACAUUCAAUGAUGCCCUGCGCGUGGUCGGGCAUUCCCGCCAGGAAUACCGGGACAACUUCCACUUCAAAACGUUGCAUUUCCUGCUGACUGACGCCCUGGCCACUCUCAGGGACGCUCAGAAAGGGCAGUGUCGGGACGCGUUCCUGAAGGUGUGUGACACCCGGUUCGAGGCACAGCGUGGCGACACCAUCCGUUCCGGUCUAUUCGUGCCAAUGUUCCUGAGCAAACCAACUGGCGAGUGCCCUGGUGAGACAAUGCUAGAGGUGCACACGUGCCAUGGCGUGGAAAUCCAGUUUUUCAGCGAAUAUCCGGAACCUGAAAUCAUGCUGAUCCCACCGUUUGAGACCUUCAAGGUCACCCAAUACAUCCAGCAAGGGGACAAGACACAGAUCCAGCUCCAGUCCACCGGGACCUACAGCAAAUACAACUGCGAAUGGCUGCGAGGUUAG